AUGUAUGAAGAAAUAAUAGGAAUAGUAUAUCCAAAAUACAUUGAAAUACCAACAAACAUAUUGAAUCCAGAAAACAUGUUUAGAUCAUUAUUUAUACAUGAACCAAAAGGAUUAAAUAGACCAGAGGAAUUGACUUUCCUUAAGGAAAUACAGACUGAUAUUAAAAAAUCAACAAAACGACAAUAUACAAUUAUAACAAUCUUCCGAGAAAGAGAGUUAGUAACACAACCAAUCCAAACUUUAGCAGCCAAAUGGUCAAAAAAUGCUAAAAUAUAUCCCGAACAAUAUACAGGAUUCGGAGGACAUUUAGAAGAAUAUGAUAAAACAUAUUGGAAUUGCAUAAUUAGAGAAACACAAGAAGAAAUAGGAUUCCAACUGAAACCAGAAAGACUACAGUUUAUACGAACACACGACUAUUUAUCUAAAAACAGAUCAGGAACAGAUCCUAUUACCAACACCGAUAAAAAUGAAUCCUUUGAACCAAUAUAUUAUAUAGAAAUAGCAAUGUACUUAUAUUUAGCAUUACCACACGAAUGGGAUAAUAUUAAACACAAAGAACCUGAAAACAUGAGUAAACCCCAAUGGAUGACAAGAAACCAAAUGAACCAUCAAAUAUGGACACCAUCCAUUCAAUAUUACAAAGACCAAAUAUUCGACGAGUAUAUACCACAAUAUCUUGAAGAAUGGACCAAUUAUGGAAAGAUCACCAAUAAUCUAUUCCAACAACAAUUUCCAGAUAAAGAAAUUCCGAAUGAAUACAAAACACCAUAUGACGGUGACAAACAAGAGAUUAUGGCAGAAAAGCCUAAUCACCUGUGA